AUGAAGGCAGAAUCUAGAAACUAUAGCCAGUAUUUAGCUCAGAAGAAUAAUCCUCCCCCAAAGUUGCAUGAUAACACAUACAGCAUGGCAUCGACUUGUUUGCAAGGCAAUCAUGUCAACCCAGCUGCAUCAUUUUCAUUUGAUCCUUCAUUACUAGAAGGUGAAGUUGCAGAUACACCAACCUCACCAGGUCUCAACAGUCGAACAAAUCCUAACGGUUCAACUUGCAACCCAUCAUCAGAUGCAGAUCAAAUCAUGGAUCUCCUUACUCAUCGACAAGUGCUGAAGGAACUGAGUCAUUUCCGGCUCCUGUACAAAGCUGCUCUAAGAGGUGAUUGGGGAGCUGCUAAUCUUUUCUUGCAAAGGAAUCCCGACGCUGUGGCUGCUAAGAUCAACGUCUCUUGGAUGACUGCGCUAAGUGUCGCUGCUAGUGCCGGACACGCUCAAUUCGUGCAGAAGCUAGUGGAGAAAAUGUCUGUUAAACAACUGGAAUCAAAGGAUAGAUUGGGUAGAACUGCUCUAUUUUAUGCUGCCAUGGCCGACUGCACCCAAUCUGCCAAGGCGAUGGUAACAAAGAACCCUAAUUUGACGCAGAUAAGGAACGAUGAAAACGCGACACCCCUUCUGUGUGCCUUAACAUAUGGCAGCAAAAAGAUGGUAAGGUAUCUCUACUCCGUUACCAGAGAUGAAGAUCCCAGUCCUUUUCGAGGUGGAAAUGGUGUUCGAUUAUUAGUUUUCAUGAUCGCCUCUGGUUUCUACGAUACUGCUCUUGAUCUAGUCCAGCGCUACCCUCAGCUAGCUACUGCUCGUGAUGAUAAAUCUGGUUACACUGCUCUCUUGGCGUUAUCUCAAAGACCUUCAGCAUUUCCAAGUAAAAGUCGCUAUGGAUUUCUAGAACGAUUGAUCUAUUCAUUGAUCAGCGUGGAAAAAUCCGGCAGCCCUCGACCAACGAUCAACGGAGAUGUUGAGAAUCCACCGGAAUCUGGAAACCUUACGCAAGUGCCUGAUCGGCCUUGCUCUCUCCUGAACGCUCAAAUCAAUAAAGUUCCCAUGGUCAAGCAAGUGCGCGACAUGAAAUUGACGCAAAUCCAAUCUGUCAAACUGGUAAAUCGCAUUUGUGAACAACUUUCAUCCAUGGAAACUGAUGAGAUGCUAGAGUGCUUCCUCAAUCCCGCCGUUUUGAACAUAGCCGCAGAGCAUGGAAACACUGAGGUCGUCAUUCAGUGCUGUGAGUAUUUUCCUGAUCUUUUAUGGUUGACAAUGAAGGGAAGAAGUAUAUUUCAUGUUGCAGUUGAGCAUCGCCAAGAAAAAAUUUUCAGUCUUGUAUAUGGUAUGAGUGCACGUAGAAGGCUCUUGACUUCUUUGAGAGUUGAUGAUUCCAAUACCAUGUUGCAUAUGGUGGCAAAGUUGGCACCUUCCCCACAACUUAAUGUAGCUUCUGGUGCAGCUCUGCAAAUGCAGCGAGAACUUCAAUGGUUCAAGGCAAUUCUUCUUACCCAUUUGUCCAUGGUUUUUAAUUAA